UAAAAGCGCUGCUAUUUGGCCCCACCGGCACGGCCUUUCUUUCUCUCUCCCCCCUCUCUCUUCUUCUUCUUCCACCAAGACACACCACCCCGAGGGUUUCUCUGCUAAAUCUAGCGGUAAAUCCUUAUUGAUUUAAGAAAUUCACAUUGUCUGAACGGAAAAUGGGAGAGAAUCUCCGGCCUUGGAUGUCGUCGGCACCGCCGGAUCUUGGUUGCAUAAACGAAUUGACUCGGUCCAACUCGGACUCGUUUUCUCUGACUCAUGAGAAUUUAAAAGAUAUAUGUAACCAGAAUGCCUAUGGCAGACCGGGUCACUGCACAGCAUGGACAGAUGGGAAGCACAGUUUAUAUCUUGAUUCUUUGGAGGCAUCUUUUGUUCACCAGUUGCAUCAGUCAAAGGGUUUGCUUGCCUGGUGCUCAGCACAGAACACGUGUGAUCCAAAUUUGUCCUGUCAAUUACCUUCCAACACUUGUAAUUCUUCCGACCAGUUCAUGGUUCGACAAGGUGGCUGUUACCGGAAAAUCAAAUUUGAAAGGAAUCAACCUGCAUUGGAUUCUCAUGUUAAUCUGAAUGGUUCACAGAUGCAUAAUUUUGGAUGCACAGGUAAAAGCCAUACCAUAGCACCAGCUAAUUUGCAAAAACGAAGAAGGCUUUGUGGUGAGGAGACGUCUCUAAGAGGCAAAGGAACUUUCUCCGACAGAUUAGUGGCAAGUUUGGAGCAGCUUCCCAUAUGCCAUCAAUAUCAUCUGGAUUCAGUUGGCAGUAUUACAGAAGUUUCGGAUCAGAAUUUUGUCGAUGAAGACCGAGAAGAGAAGUCGAGCAGUUUGUCUAUGGCAAAAAGGUUGAAGACGGCUGCAGCUGAUACUUCAAGCAAAGAUCAAAUUGUGCCUCAGUCAAGGUUCAUAUAACAACACUCAAUUGUCAGUAACGCUUCAGAAAGAGAAGAUCAAGCAUCAGAAGAGCUUGAGAGCUUUGUCUGUGCAGAACCUGAUGUGAAAUAUUUUUAAAAAGACAGCUGAGAUGUUACUUGAAAUCUGAAAAAUAAAGUAUAAAUAUUGAUAAACCAACUGAAGGAGAAAAACUUUGAUUUCCUCCUGGUGCCACAUUGAGAAGAAACAACCUGCUAUAUAAUUCCAAUGAAAGGAGUUGAGGAAGACAUCUUUCUGAAGUAGGGUCUAGCUUAAUGAUGUGUAAAUGCUGCCAUAGUAUAUAUUUUUUUAUCGAAAACCAGUAGGAAUGAAAAUUCAACAUCAUUUUUACUAUAUGUAUGUAUAUUUUACUAGAUUCAUAGAUGAAGAGUUGAUGAUAUUUACUAAGCUGGUUAGCUGUAUGGGCAGUUGGGAACUCUCUCUCUCUCUCUCUGUUUUGUCAAUUUGGUUUAUCAUAGAUGGGAAGUGUAAUUUGUGGAUUACUUCUUUAUAACUGUGUACUUUGUAGCUGAGAGGUCAGCCAUAUUUUUUGUUACCUGCCGGCUGCAUUGGUUUUAUUUUUGUCACUUGUUUUCUAGUUUGAGAGAGAACGACAUUCUUGAAUUGUUAACAUUUCAUUUUUGAUUCGAAGAGUUCCAAAAUUUGACCU